AUGGCCUGGAGGCCACCUGCCGCAGGGAUUGGAGACACCUCGGAGAAGCUCCGGGUCUCCAAGUCCUGCAAAAGGGUUUUGAGAGCACCUGCCACAGGGCUUAGAGACACCUCGGAGAAACUCCGGGUCUCCAAGUCCUGUGGAAAUGCCUCGAGGUCACCUGAAAGCCUGCUGUCGCCUGUCACGACAGGGGCGGGGCUCUGGGGGCCGGUGUCACCUGUCACGACAGGGGCGGGGCUCUGGGGGCCGGUGUCACCUGUCACGACAGGGGCGGGGCUCUGGGGGCCGGGGUUCCAUCAGGAACAGCUUUUCCUGGAUGACACCAAAGUGAAGAACUUCAUCACCUGCUUCAAAGGAACAUCAAGGCCGGGAACAUCCUCCUGUCACCCCCUGGACUGGUCAAACUGGGUGACUUCAGCUCGGCCCCUGUGGCCUCCCCAGCCAAUUCCUUCGUGGGGACCCCUUACUGGUGUCCUGCAGGAAGCCAGGUUUUUUGGUGUUGAUUCACUAAUCAAACACCUGGAAAUAGCCAUGAAGAAUUCCCAGCCAGCUGAGGAUCACUGUCCCACCUCUCAGAAGGAGUUUGUCCGGUUCCUGCUGGCAACACCCCCCAAGUCCGAGCUGUGCUGUCAGUCAGCUGGGAAUUUGGGGGAUUGCUGGCUUUUGGCUGACCUCUCCAGCUUCAGAGCACAAUGGAGUUCAGGUUGUGACCUCCAGGAAGCCAAUUUGAGGGGCUCUGAUGUGAAAGGAGCCAUCUUUGAAGAGAUGCUGACCCCCCUGCACAUGUCCCAGAGCGUCAGAUAGGGAAGAGAACACGUUGAAGAGGAAGGAUUCCAAACAUUUUUUGUGAUUUUCUUCACCUCCUCCCCUUCCUGAGUUAGAAGGAAUGGUUAUUAGACAACUUCCAUUUGCAGUAGUGCCUAAGUAAACUCUUUCUGAUCACUU